AUGACAUCGUUAUUUGGAUCUACAACAUCAACAUCGAUUACAAACCAGGAACUUAAGAAUGAUAUAGAGGUUAUUCAACCGCCAGAAGAUAGUAUUUCAGGAGUAUCAUUUUCACCUCAAGCGGAAUUUCUUGCGGUUUCAUCAUGGAAAGUACAGUCGUCAGGCCAGACGACUGGAAAAGCUAUGUAUGAGCAUCAGGGACAUGUUUUAUCAUGCUGUUGGUCAAAAGAUGGGACUAAAAUAGCAUCGGUGGGUACAGAUAAAGCAGGAAUGUUAUUUGAUUUGCAUACGGGUCAAAGUAUUCAAGUAGCGGCUCAUGAUCUUCCAAUUAAAUCAUGUCGUUUUAUCGAUGGAGGAAAUAUGGGAAAUAUUCUUGCAACAGGAUCAUGGGAUAAAAUGCUUAAAUAUUGGGAUUUAAGACAGCAACAGCCAAUUGCAACAGUUCAAUUGCCAGAAAGAUGUUAUACAAUGGAUGUAAUGAAUCAAUUAAUGGUAAUUGGAACGGCAGAUAGACAUGUGUGUAUUAUUCAUUUAAAUAAUCCAACGACUAUUUUUAAAACGACACAAUCUCCAUUAAAAUUUCAAACUCGUGUUAUUUCAUGCUUUAUUAAGGCCAAUGGCUAUGCCAUUGGCAGUGGAAGGCUAUUUACUUGCUUAAAUCAAGAAAAACGAUCUAACACUUCUAGUUUAAACUUUUCCUUUCGUUGUCAUCGAGACUCUACUGGACUCGCUAACAAUAGUUCAAACGUAUAUAGCGUUAAUGAUAUUUCAUUUCAUCCACAACAUGGAACUUUUGCCACUGCUGGUUCUGAUGGAACUUUUCAUUUUUGGGACAAAGACUCAAAACACAGAUUAAAGGGCUUUGCUAACGUAGGUGGAACAAUUUCAUGCACUGCUUUUAAUAGAACUGGUGAUAUUUUUGCAUAUGCAAUUAGCUAUGAUUGGAGCAAGGGUUAUCAAGCAAAUACUCCACAAACACUUAAUAAAAUAAUGCUUCAUCCUGUAGGCGUCGAUGAGCUUAAACCAAGAGCAAAAAAAACCACUCGAUAA